AAUUAAAUGCCAAACAAAUAUUGCAAACUAAAAUGGAAACUUGCGGCUUUAUUAUGAGCAGAGUUGGCGAAUUCGAAAGCUUUCUAAUGCGUUGCUCAUAUUGUACAAUAGACAUGAAAAUCGACAAAUGGCAGGAAUUCGUGUUGCACUUUCGGAAUACUCACGGCUUGAAGCCUGAGGACAACUCAAUUUGUUUGGAAAUAGAUCAAAUUGCUGUGGAUAAAGACUGUAUUGAGGAAAACGCCAUGACCGCACCCAUUGAAGAGCCUGAAGUAGACAGCGAAUACAAUACCCUUGCAGAGGCGGAUAUGUCCAGACCCUCUUCAUCGAUGUCUGAGACCAGCUUGAGCGAAAAUGACACAGUUGAAACGGCGAGUGAAUUUAGGGCUCAAUUGGAAGAUGACGCGGAACAGAGACCCAUAUCGUAUUCGCCUACAUACAAGUUCAAUCCAUCAUUUUUUCGACGAGAUCCGCGCACUCUUAUCUUUAUAGAGUCCUAUAAGAGUCAGCCCUGCCUUUGGAAUCCCGGCUAUAGCAACUAUAAAGAUCCAACUGCAUGUAAAGCUGCAUAUCAACAGCUCAUAACGGAGCUAGACUCCAAAGUAUCGGUCAUGUUCUCAGAGCAUUCUCUAAAGGCAGCCAUUAACAAGUUGCACAUUCAGUACAAUAUAGUUAAGAAGCGUGUUUUGAACGGCAGCCAAAAACCAAGCUCCGUGGCCUUCAAUCACUACACCAGCUGUGCCUUCCUGAAAGCAUGUCAAGAUCAAAUGCAUGCCUUUAAAAGUUCAAUAAUUGAGUUAAAUUUUUCCAAGCGCAAUCAAUUCACGACAGACUUUAUACACCUGUAUGCGAACUUUCCCCAGCUCUACGAUAACAAACACAAGGAUUUCUCAAGCAUUACGGCUCGGAAGCAAGCCUAUGAAACGAUGGCAGCUGAAACCGUGGUGCCACAUGGUGGCGGCAUCAACUGUGAUGACAUUUACCUCGCCAUACAGUGCCUGCGCCAGUGGUACUAUAAGAGUACAAAGCAUGCAAUUAAAACGUCCAAUGAGUCGGAGCAGUUUUAUUUGAAAGCCUGUGCCUUUUUGCCACCCAAAAUGUUCAAGCAAAAGCUAAUUUGCGAAUUGUGCCAGCAGGAGACGUCCUCAGAUCAUGUGCUGCAAGCGCACAUGUGCAAGGUGCAUAACAUCGGAGAGUUGCCCUUCAAGUGCUCAUCAUGUGAGCGUCGUUUUGUGGGACGCGCUGAGCUAUCUACGCAUAUGCAACGUUUUCAUAUUGGAAAGACGCACAAGUGUAAUUAUUGCGACAGAACUUUCGCGGUUAACUCAGAUCUUCGCCUGCACAUACGCACCCAUACCGGUAAUAAUAUUCUUUGUGAGCAAUGCGGCAAGGCCUUUCGAUUGCGAUCUCAAUUAAAGCUACAUGUCACUGCCAUACACACCAAGAUCAGGGCAUUUAAGUGUACCAUGUGUCCGAAGGACUUUCUAAAGAAGGUUGAUUUGUCGGACCACAUCAAGAGCCAUUUAAAUAUACGAGAUAAGAUUUGCACAACAUGCGGCAAGGGAUUCACCAGUUGCCAUUCGCUCAUCAGGCAUCGACAAAUACAUUCGGAAAUUAAGAAAUUUGUCUGUAAACUUUGUGAGGCCAGAUUCUCACAAUUUGUAGGUCUCAACUCGCACAUGAAACGUACGCACAACAUUGUCCGGAACAACGUCCAAAAAUCUACUGAGACUGUCGUUCCAGACAUUUGA